UAUCGAUAAGUCGAGGAGCUUCAAAACGGAAGCGAUGACACGACCGCAGCAUCUCGAGGCAGAACCUCGCCAUGGCAGGCAACAAAACCAGACCCGUCAAGCGGGCCACGAAGCCGCUCACUGCGCCCGCCAUCCCCGACCCAUUCGAGCCUGCACCGGAAAGCCUCGCGCCACUCCUCGACAAUUUCGACAAGUCGUCUGUCUACAUCACGCACGUCGACAACCAUCCAGCCUGGUUCAAGAAGCGCGUGUUCACCGUUCCACUCGGCCUCAACGUUGCCAUCGCGCUGCUUAUACUAUGGCGGGUCUACAGUGCGGGUCCAUGGUACUGGGCGGUCAUCAUGUCGGUCCUCGGGAACGAAAAUGAAACGACAAUACACUGGGCCGCCUUGACUUGGGGCCAGCUGCUGGGAAGCGUGGCGUGGCGCGCAGGAGUUUUCCUGUUCGACUGGCUGGUUAUCACAGUGAUUGGGCCUUGGCCGUGGACCUUCUUCGCAGAGUCCCCGGGCAACCCCGUCUCCUGGCGCCUCAGUGUAGGCUUUCGCGAAAAAGAGGUGUACGUCAGGGAAUCGAGGGGAUGGGGGGCAAAGGAUUUGCUAGGUGAAGCUGAGGGGUCAAGUGGGAAGGCCGGCGCCGAUAGCCCCUUCUUCAAGACGCGUAUUCUGCCCGCCGUGGACCGCCGCAGAUUGACUGAGAAGACGGGCUACCUGCUCAUGGACAAGGACUUCGACCUCGUCUUCGGUGCCAUGGUGGACGCCACUCGCUUGAUUGACAGGAAGACCGUGUCUGUCGACGACUUCCGCACCAGUGUCUUCGUCUGGGUGGGCAAGGAGGAUGCAGGGCAGUGGGUGGUUUGGCCGUGCGGGAAGCUUGACGAUGGUUCAGAGACUGAGGCACGAGAGAAGAUCAUACUAUUCAAGGACCGCUUGACCGCCAUGGGCAAGGAGUCACUCUUCUUCAAGUGGAUUGAACUGGUUCAGUAUGAGAGCUCCGCGCCCGGCGAGUUCACGUACGAGAGGCAGGCCGCAACUGCAGAGAAGGCGAAGCAGCUGUUCGAGAAUGCAGGGGUCGACUUUGACGCGUUCGUCAAGGACAUAGGCGGUCUGCAAGGCAUGCCUGGAAUGGAUUAGGUCGGUCGUUGUGCUUAUGAAUGAUACCCACUUUCGUCACGAUCACGAUGACUCUGCCGCCACUCUUCAGAGUGCCUACACAAGACCAGCGUUCAUAUUCUUACCCUACGAGGGACGAUUCAGUGAUCAAUUCUCUAACCCGAUGACGUGGAAAUAGUAAAUGCGUCACACAAAACCGCAGAGAGGCGAGUUACUUCGCUAGGCACGAAACAGCUCAUGAUUGGAUACCAAAGUACGACAAUGGCUACCACGAGGUGUACGUACUGAAUAUCGACGCUUAAGUUUUAAAUGGAACCGACGAAAGCCCUAAACCGCGUAUCACGGUUAUGUGCCACUCGGACCGUGCACCCCAAGUGCUGAAGACCCC